AUGGCCUCCUGCAGCUGCAACGUGCUCCUGGCCUUGGCCAGGACGAGUUUCAGAGGCUCCCGUCUUCUUUUGCACUCCAGUCCUCCGUACUCUCCAGCAGUGGCUCUUGUCCAGCGAGUGAGUUCUCAUUUGAACCGGAUUUGUGUGAGAGACCCUGAGAACCAGCCAUGGCUGCACUGUGUGCACUGGGGCACCGGCCGCCCUCAGCCAGCGGCGAAAGUCGUGCGAAUGUUUCACACGUCCGCCUGCUCACAUCAGGAGCUCCGAGGUGAACCCCCUCCCCACCAAAGUGCUGCGAACCAGGGCACGAAGCCUGCAAAAACUCCAACAAAACAGGUCGCAGAGACGCCCGUGGGAAGAAAGUCUUUGCGCCAGAAAGUGGUGGAUGAACUGAAACACUAUUACAACGGAUUCCACUUGCUUUGGAUCGACACCAAGGUGGCUGCCAGGAUGGUGUGGAGGCUGUUACAUGGUCAGGUCCUCACCAGGAGGGAGAGGCGACGGCUGCUGAGGACUUGCGCAGAUCUCUUCCGCCUGGUGCCCUUCCUGGUGUUCGUCAUUGUCCCCUUCAUGGAAUUUCUGUUGCCCGUCUUCCUGAAACUCUUCCCUGAAAUGCUGCCCUCGACGUUUGAGACCGAGUCAAAAAAGGAAGAAAAGCAGAAAAAGAAAUUAAAUGCAAAGCUGGAGUUAGCAAAGUUCCUGCGGGAGACGAUUGCAGAGAUGGCCAAAAGGAACAAAGCAGACACAGGACAAGGAAAACAGUUCUCUUCCUACGUGCACCAGAUCCGUCACAGCGGCCAUCAGCCCAGCACCCAGGAGAUUGUGCGCUUCUCCAAGCUCUUCGAGGAUGAGCUGACCCUGGAGCACCUGGAGCGGCCGCAGCUCGUGGCUCUUUGCAAGCUGCUUGAGCUGCAGCCCAUUGGCACCAACAACCUGCUCCGCUUCCAGCUUCUGCUGAGACUCAGAACUAUCAAGGCCGAUGAUGAAAUGAUUGCCAAGGAAGGGGUCGGUGGCCUGAGCGUGUCUGAGCUGCAGAGCGCCUGCAGAGCCAGAGGAAUGCGAUCACUGGGUCUCUCGGAGGAGCAGCUGAAGGAACAGCUCAGGCAGUGGCUGGAUCUGCAUUUAAAAGAGAAUGUUCCACCCUCUCUGCUCCUGCUUUCCCGUGCCUUGUACCUAAUAGAUGUAAAGCCACAAUCUGUUCCGGUUCCACAGAAUAAGGUAGGUGAAACUGCUGAAAUCGUGAUGUCCGUUCCUGAAGGUCAAGAGACCCUGCUGGAUCCUGCCCCCAUCGUGCAAGGGAGAAAGAGUGAAGAAUUUGUGUCGCAGCCAGCAGAGAAGUUGCCACUCCCAGAAGUGUCGGUCCAGCCUCGCCCACGAGAGGCUAAGCUGGAGGCGUCUCAGGGCAGCAAGGCCAAUGGAGCCUAG